CGGCAGAGCACCUAACCUGCUCGCUGCGUUGGGCGACCCCCGCUACGCUUCGCCGUAGCGUCUCCCUCACCAGGCGCCCGCCCGGUCCUGUGAACAGCCGGAUCUUCAAGGUUACCACCGAGCUUGUGAAGGUCUUCGAUGGGGACUCUGGUUUUUUUCACAUUAUUCUGGACCCUGACAGGAGUGGGAUGUCUACCGGUGCAGGAUGGGAAGGCAGUGGAUUGUGUCCAGCAGGACUCUGUAAGCGGCCAAACAUCCAAACAGCCAUGCAACAGGCAGCUACCAGUCCAGGAGAGCCUGAGUCCACGGCAGCGACAUGUGGGCCUUCUGAAGGAGCUCCAAGAGCUGGCUGAGGAGGAAAAGGAGAGACAGAGGGAAUACGCCCGUGAGCUGGAGGACAGUAAAAAGCACCCGGAAUGGCGGUACCGUGGCGAGGAAGACGAAGAUGACUUCGAUGAUGACUUUGACGAGGAUGAGGACGAGUUUGGAAACAAGCUCUCCAUGGAUGACCCGUUGGAUGAGGAGGAGGAUGACAUAAUAGAUGACGAAGACGAGGAUGAUGAUGAUGAUGACAGCAAUAAGGGCACAGCGGAGAUGGUUGAGGAGCCCCGUCUGGAGGCCGGCAAGAGCACAGACGCCGAUGAGGAGGAGAAAGCUCGGAGACUGGAGGAGCUCCUGGCCGAGGAGAUCCGCAAGAAGGACAAAGCUCAGGACAAGGACCAGGAGCUGGAGGAGCUGCUCCGGGAGCUGAAGAAGAAAAGAUACGAGGCCGCCAAGGAGCGCAAGGAGAACCCCGAGGAGAAGAAGGAGGACGGGGCGAAGGACAAAGAGAAGGACGAGAAGAAGGAGGAGGAGGAGGAGAAGAUGAGGAAAGCUCAGGCAGAGAAGCUGGAGGACGUGGAGAGGAAGAGGAGCGAGGAGCGGCGGAGGAACGAGGUGGAGCUGAUGGUGGAGAAGGAGAAGGUGGAGCGGGAGCUGAAGCAGCUGCUGGAGGAGCAGAAGGACACCACCAAGACGUGGGAGAAGGAGAAAGAGAAGGAGGACAAGGAGGAGGAGCUGCAGGAGCUGCUGAAGAAGAUGGAGCGCAUACAGGAGGAGGAGGCGGAAGAGAAGAAGGACAACGUGGACGGCGAUGACAACAAGGAGGAGGUGAAAGAGGAGGUGAAGGACGGAGAGAAGCCAGAGGAGGAGAAGAAGACAGAGGAGGCAAAAGAGAGCGAGGGAGGGGAGGUGGUGACUGGAGGAGACACUGAGGUGAAGGGGCCCCAGCAAAAGAGGGUGAUGGAGAACGCUAGCGACCAGGCCACGCGUCAGUUUGACAGACAGAGGUACGAGGAUGAGGAGGAUGAGGACGAAGAGGAUGGCGAUGGAGAAGAGGAGGAGGGGGACGUUGCGACUGAUGAUGAAGGGAACGAGGAAGAGGAUGAUGAGGAAUUGCUGGAGAUUGAGACAGAACUACGCAGAGUUGCAGCAGAGCUGAGAGCACUACGACUGGGAUAAGACCAUCACAACAUGACCACGCACACGUACA